UCAAAGAUCCUUCACCACUGAACUCGGAGUAAACAAACAGGAAAGUUUCCGUUUAAACGAACUUUCCUUCCGCAUGGAUCUGAAAAUUCUUUUUUUCGAGAGGAAAUAUCUCAUGAUUUGACCAAAAUGGAAAACGAGGAGAACAAGGAGAACGUACUAACAGUUAGCGGAGGGAGAAGGGAAGAUGUGACAAUCUCAAAGGAGAUAAAAAAGAUGCCAGAGAUAGAUGAAUUUCAGUUUAUUAAGCCAAUUAGCCGUGGUGCCUUUGGGAAAGUUUUCUUAGGAUGUAAGAAAGAUAAUCGAAGCCAACUUUAUGCAAUUAAAGUUGUGAAGAAGUCUGACAUUGUCCACAAGAACAUGGUUGAACAAGUUGUCACUGAGAGAGAUGCAUUGGCAAGAAUGAAGAGUCCUUUUAUUGUCCAGUUAUUUUAUUCUCCACAGACUAUAUCCAAUAUUUACUUGGUAAUGGAGUACUUGAUUGGUGGAGAUUUAAAGUCCCUGCUUACUAUUUAUGGCUAUUUUGAUGAACCUAUGGCCAUAUUUUAUGCUGCAGAGGUAGCAUUAGCACUAGAUUACUUACAUAGCCAUGGCAUAGUCCAUCGAGAUGUAAAACCUGACAAUCUCCUGCUGGACAAAAAAGGACACCUAAAAUUAACUGAUUUUGGUCUGAGCAAGAUCACUUUACAUAAAGAACUGAAACUAUCGGAGAUGGUAGCUGGAACCCCAACAACUGCUCGCUCAGGGAUGCGCUACAUGCGGACUCCAGGACAGAUUUUGUCACUCACAUCUCACUUGUCUUUUAGGUCAGAAGACAGCAACAGCACCCUCGGCAGCCCAGCUGCCAGUGAUGGCAGUAAUAGUAGUUUUGUCAGCAUUCGUCAAGUGUCUCUGAAGAACCGUAGUGUUAGCCGUCUGGCAUACAGCAGAGCUCAGGGAGGCACACCACAGACGCCUGUGAAUGUGACACAUGGCUCAUUCAUAAGUCCAACUCUGAGAGAGAGGAAGAACAGCAUUCCAAACCCAGCCACUUCUCUCACCCCAACGAUCAACAAAACACUUGCAAACACACAGGGUACUCCUGAACAUCAGAAUACUAGCAGUUUAGUUAACCUAAAGAGACAGUUUCACUUUUCAAGUGACUGUACACCAAAGAAGGAAAGUGAAGCUACAAAAGAGAAAACUGCUAGAUCAGAUCACGAUUCUGUUUUAACCUUUUCACCUUCAAGAGGCCAGCUGAUGGAAGGAGGAGAGGGUGAUGUAUCCAGUGAUUUUGAUGUGUCAGCAUCAAGUGACCUUGGCCAUGAGAGUGGUAUUCACCCCUUGCCUAUUUGUCCAUCCAGGGAAAAUAGCCUUGAUGAUAUAAAAGAAGAGAUGUCCAGUGACAUCAAGUCCUCAGACCUCUCCAGCAUCAGUACCAGUUCACCCAAACAGCCAUCUGAAAAUAGAGGGGAACCCAGGUUCAUGGCAGUGCCUCACUCACCAGUCAUGCCAACUGGGAACCAGGAGAUGUGCAUGAAAGAGGAUUUGGACUCCAGAAUGUUUGUAAGUCCCAAUGAAAAUGUAGAGGCAGAGAUGAUUUCUGAGGUCAGGAUUUGCAAGCAGGAAGUCACUUCUGCAAAUGAGGCACAUAAUGUGCAUGGUGGGCUGUUUAAAAUGAGGAGGAGAGACACUGUGGAGAAUUCUACUAGCAAUGGAGGAGAAGAUAUGCUUGGCCCUGUCUUGAGAAAACGUAUUCGCACGUCCACUGAAUGUAGUGAUGUCGUUAUUGGUGACCAAUCUACUGAGGAAACUGAUGAUGAAGAUGUCUUUGAAGGCCUUGAGACUCAAUCCGUUAUGACAGAAAAGGAAAAUAAAAUGCCUGACAAAUUCCAUCCAAGAUUGCAGGCACUAUCUCAGCUCACUAAUCAUAUGUCUCCAGUGGGAAAUCCAAGCAUGAUUGCAAUCACUGGAGGUCACUUUGCAACAGACAUUGCAACAAGUUCUCCUAUUCCUCCAAAGGUCAGUGAGAACUGUCAAGAAUUGCAGGAAUGUAGGAUACCUGUGUCUGAACCCUUGAGGUCUUCCACUGAUAGUGAUGAAGGUUCAAACAGUGUUAAAGGUCAUUCCUGUGGUGUAUCUAAACUUGGAGAUUUUCCUCACUGUUUACAAGGUGAUUCCAGUGCCUUUGGUCCAAAGGAAAGCACAAGACUAGAAGAUUGCAGCAGCCUGAAAGAGGAAACCCACUUCUCAAGCAUCAAUUCAAACGGUGGUAAUUUCAAGGUCCCAUCACAAGCCAGAGGCAUCAAGCGGCCCCUGGGUUUCAGCAGUGGAAGUCCACCUCCAGCUUCAGGAAAAGUAGCACAGAGUACAGGAUUAACAGGAACCUUUGGUGUCUUGCAAGUCACCAAUCAAACACCAAAGAGAAGAGACAUGAAGAAGAGUCCCUGUACUGAGUCUAGAGAUAAUGUUCUCCAGAAAUCAGAGAGUGAAAGUAGAAUAUUGUUCAAUGGGGGUGAAAGACAACUGAAAAUGGAUAUUGGCAACACACAUAAUGUCAGCCAGUCAGACAUAAGCAAGGGUAAUAAAGUGCUUGUAAAUGAUGAAAAGGCUGACAGAAAUACUAAGCUAGUGAGGUGGUAUAGCGAGAGUGACAUGACCUGUGAAACUGGAGAGAAAGAGAGUCUGGUCCAAGAUAAUGGCCCAGUCACACCCGAAAGUAUUUCUUCCGUCAAGCAGCAAAAGCAACAUUUCCAGAGCUAUCACACUCCAGCCAGGAUGCAUAGUGUCCCAGGAACACCAGUCCAGGGCAUGGGACAGACCCCACUCCGAGCCCCCAAGAGUGUUCGCAGAGGAACCCAACCCCCCAUUGCCUCAGAGUCACGCAUCCUGGGUACACCUGAUUAUCUGGCUCCUGAACUCUUGCUGAGGCUUGGCCAUGGGCCAGCAGUGGACUGGUGGGCUUUAGGGGUGUGUCUGUUUGAGUUCAUGACUGGCAUUCCUCCUUUUAACGAUGAAUCUCCCGAGGCUGUAUUUCAUAACAUCCUUCAGCGUGAUAUUCCUUGGCCUGAAGAUGAAGAAUCUUUAUCACCUUUUGCUGUAGAGAUGAUUGACAAGCUCUUGGCAUAUGACCCCAAAGUAAGAGCUGACUUUGAGUACCUGAGAUCAAACCCAAUGUAUGCUGGGGUUAACUGGUCUGAUCUGCGUAACAUGGAUGCUCCAUUUGUGCCCCAGCCAGAUGAUGCAAUGGACACAACGUAUUUUGAAGCUCGAAAUAACAUCCAGCACCUCACAGUCUCCAAUUUUGACCUGUGAAUAGAUGGCUUCCAGCUGUGGAUGCUGGUGAGGAGGAACAGCUGGUAUACAAUGAGUGUGGACAUUCCUGGUUGGACAACUGAAGAGUACAACAUCAAUUUAGCAUUCCUUGUUUAAUCUUAAGAGUUUGGCACAUCAACCAGAUUAUGCAACAGGUCAUUUAUUUCAUUGACUGGAAAAUGCAGUGCAGAUUAAAUAUGUAUUUCAGAGGGAAAAUAUUAGAAACAUUCUGAUUGUCUUGUCAGGGGCUUUUGGAACUUACACUUCAUAUUAUUAGCCAAUUUUAUACACUGUAGAUCUACCCUCUUCCCAUGUUUUAUUCUGAAGACAUUUUAAAUAUGAUUUUUAAGGAAAAACUGGAUAUUUCAGUGCUCGUCUGGUAGUGCACUUAUUAUUCCAUGUAUAGCCCAUAAUUGCGAGCCUGUAGUUAGUGCAUAUCACUAAUGUUAGUGAAAUCGAAUUAUCUAAUUUUAUAUAUAAUGGAGUAAAUGCUAUAUAUUUUUUAUAAGUAAUAGCAUUAGUAUUUUAGUAUAUUAUGAAUAUAUGUUAUGCGUUUGUUUGCCAGUUUAUUGUUUGAGUCAUUGUGCCAAGGUAUGCAUGUGUUUCAAAAUAUAGUUUGUGUGCUUGUUAUGUAUUAAUAGAGAUGGUUCAGUAGCUGUUAGACUUGUAGUCUAGUCAUGAGACUCCUACAGUAAAA